AUGCCACCGUGUUCUUUUCUUGUUUCAGGCACAGCAUUGACUCGACGAGUGCAUUGGGCAGUUUGGGCGGUUAUGCCUACGGUUCUCUCGGCUCUUUACCGGAAACGAGGAGGAUUCUAUUAUCGUACAACGGCAUCGUUGGUGUGCAUGGCAGCUAUUGCGUUAUAUGGCGUAUUGGCUUCACUCACUUUACCCUUGGUCGGCAAAGCACAUCUCAUCAAUUGGUCGGUGGCACGUCUUUAUUAUCACAUUGCAGGCUUUUUCACUGGUAUGUCAGCGACCAUUGAAGGCAAGGAACACAUCCGCCCUGAACGACCCAGUGUCUACGUAUGCAAUCACCAAACGAGUAUGGAUGUCUUGUUCAUGGCAAGCGUGUUCCCCAAGGCAACUGCUGUGGUGGCCAAAAAGUCCAUCAAAUAUUACCCUUUCCUUGGAUGGUACAUGACUUUGAGUCGUGCCAUCUUUUUGGAUCGAAAGAACCGCAACAAUGCUAUCAAAGAAGCGCGUCAUGCAGCUGAAAACAUCCACAAGAAAAAGACCAGCGUAUUUCUGUUCCCUGAAGGUACCCGUGGCCACGCAUCAAAGCUUGAUCUUUUACCAUUCAAAAAGGGUGCAUUCUACAUGGCUGUCCAAGCACGUGUGCCCGUUGUCCCUAUUGUGAUUGCCAACUACAACCAUUUAUACGAUUCAGCAGCUAAACGUUUUCAACCAGGCAAUGUUAGGAUCAAAGUGUUGCCUCCCGUCGACACCACCAAUGUACAAGAAGACUCCGAAUCAGUGGAUGCCCUUGCCAACAAUGUCCGAGACAUGAUGCUCACCACACUCAAAGAGAUUUCUAUACCUCCUCCAUCAUCACUACCAUCUUCAUCAUCAUCACCAUCUUCAUUACCAUCUUCAUCUGACGAAUCAAGGAAAUCACAAUGA